UCCUUUAUCUUUAAACCUUACAGAGUUCGUUUUGGGAAAUGUCAUUCAUUGUAGUAACCAUUCACUUCAGUUUACUGAGUUGUGCAUGAAAUAUUUUAGCGAUGCUUUAUGAAGAGAACUACUACAAAGCUAUCGGAACACGAUUUAAGAUCCCUUGAUAAAAUUAAAUUUUUUUUGUUGACUAUUAUCUCUUACUGCAGAAAAAUGUUAAAGCUUUUGAUCCUUUUCCGCUACAUCCUUCCGCAUUACAAAAAUAAAACUUUUUGAAAUACUUGCUGUUUUUAACGUAUGCUUUUGAUCUUUCUACGCACUUUUUUUCCUAUGCAAACAAAAGCUUUUAUUCCCUUAAAGCUUUCCGAAAACAUGAAAAGAGAAAAACUUUAUAAGCUAUUAAGCGUUUAAAUUGCCUGAAAAUGUACCAUACACACAACAUGCGAAGAAAACUAAAGAAUAACCGAAAGCUUGCCAAAAAUUUCCCAGAAAUAGCUUUAAGCUAUGUCAGCAGCUUAUGAAUUACACUGAAUAUAAAAAGCAAGAAACCAACCAACCAAGCUUUACUCUCCUUUUGAGUAAAAACCUUAAAGCUUUCCCUGAAUAUUUGAGCGAAAAGCUUAAAGCUCUGCCCGAAGCUGUAACAAUACACCAGAAAUAUAAAUACCAAACAAACUAUUGCAACUUAAGCUGUGAAUGCCCAGGAAAACUGUAUCUGAGCUUUUAAGAAUACCAAAUACCAUGUACCCAAAUCUCCUGCCUGAGCACUUGGCUUUGUGGAGUGCUAAUCCCACACACCUUUAAACCAGAAACACGCUAUUGUUCCGCUUUCAUUGAAUUGCUAAAAAGAUUAUAAUACAAAAUUUGUUUUCUGUAAAGUAUCGCCAUCGGCUUUUGAGCCAGUUAACGGCUGGGUGGACAAUUUAAAUGGUCCCACUGGCCUUAUGGUGGGUGCUGGCAAAGGUGUUAUACGCUCCAUGCUCAUCGAUAAACGCCACAAAUCAGAAGUAAUACCAGUGGAUUAUGCCAUUAAUGGCUUGGUUGUAAUACCCUAUGAAUAUUGCACAAGACCAAAACCACAAGAGGUACCCGUUUAUAACAUCACCUGCGCCGAUAGACGCAAGGUAGCUUGGGGUGAUGUUAUCGAAUUGAGCAAGAAAAUUGGCUAUCAAUAUCCCAUGGAGACUGGAUUGUGGUAUCCCGAUGGUUGUAUAACCACAAAUCGUUGGCUUCAUCAAAUCAAUGUGAUUUUGUUCCAUUGGCUGCCGGCUUAUUUUAUUGAUUUUAUUCUACUUCUAUUGGGUCAAAAGCGUUUCAUGGUGCGUGUCCAAAGGCGAGUUCAAGUUGGCUUAAAUGUUUUGCAAUUCUUUACCAUGAGGGCUUGGGUGUUUAAAUCACCUAACUAUGAAGCUUUGUGGAAAAAUCUUUGUGAAAAAGAUAAACUAAUUUUCAAUAUGAACAUGGAUACUGUAGAGAACAUCGAAUUGUAUAUCUUAUCAUGCAUACAAGGUGGUCGUUUAUAUUUGAUGAAAGAAUCUCCAGAUUCUCUGCCCAAGGCUAGAAGACAAUUGAAAAUGUAAGAAUAAAGUUACCCAAAUGUGCUUUCCUAAAACCAAACCAACCCAACCCAACCUAACCUCAAGCACCUCCCUCUUCCACCCCUUUUGAUAUGUUCCCCAACAAAUCUGAGUUUUUC